AUGGAGAAGCUAAAAGCCAUGGAGGCCAAUCCCUUCAAGCGGCCGAUGAAUGCGCUGCAAAAGCAAUGGUAUCGUGUUCUGCUCGCUAGACGCGUGGCAUUCGGGCAACGGCCGCCACCGGACGAAAAGGAGCUAACCUAUGCUGACAUUUGCCACAAGCGCUACAUGGCCGCAUUUCGACGCUACAACGAGCGUUUCCGUCGGGAAAUGGAAAAACACGAGCAAAUGCAACGCUGUGCCAUCGAUGCAAUGCGUGUACACAGAACCUUCGCCAUUACCACCCUCUGGCCGCCCUUGCACUCCAAGACCGAGAUCAACUCGACAUUGGAAACACUGGAGAAGGUUUUGACUGUCAAGGAAAGAAGACGCCUGGAGCAGAUACUUAAGCAGGGCGAGACAUCGCGUACGCGUCGCUUUUAGACUGCCUCUACAUAGCAGCAGUAAAGGAAAACAACAACAACAACAAC